AUGUUAAUCAUUUACAUAGUCAACUCUUAGUGGGUAAUUGUCGAUUAGUUUCUCUAUGGCUACAAUAUAUACCAAUAUUCAACUUGUUGCAGGUGCAGCUAUUCUUAUACAGAAUACUUUCGUGAGGGAGGGACAUCAGACAUUACAGCUAAUUUUAUUACUUGUAAAUAACCUUCCAUAAGUUAUAUCACUUUGGAUAGCACCUUUAACACAAUUAAUCGUCUUAUUACUUAUAAUUUUUAAAGUGGAUAUUUUAUAUCAUUUGAUUUAUACUUUCAAGGUAAGUGGGACAAUGAUAAAGUAGUUUUUUAAAUUGGUUCAUUUUUUCAUGAAUUUAAAUAUUCCUCACCUGAUUAAUAUCCAAUUACACAAGGGUUUUGUGAUUCCCUUUAAACUGAUGUAAGGACAAUUAAUUUCAUUCUACCAAGCACAUAAUCAGGGUAGAUAAAUUUCAAAUAGUCUAAUACAAAUACUGGAUCUGUUUCAAUCAGAACGAUCAUGAUAUUGAAAAAAUCAACCCAAUGCUAUCCCUCAUGUAGCUCAUGUACAGGUCCAGAGAAAAACUAGUGCACCUCUUGUUUUUCAGGAGCACCGACAAAUAAUCAAUGUCCCUCUUGUUCAAAUGGCUAGUAUUACGAAAAAUAGGUAGGAUGCAGGUCUUAUUGUAAAUUUGAGAAAUUAAGAUAUUCAAAUGGAUUUUGUUAAGAAUUUGAACGUAAUAUUAAAAGUUUAUUUUAGAUUCUGUAAUUGUACAGUUUGAUAAUUCUAUAUCAUCAGCUAAAAUGUUGAGAUGGCAAUUAAUAUAUGACCCAUUACAUGUAGACACAUCACCAAAAUAUAUUUAUGCAUAUCAUUACGUCUAUGGCAUUUUUAAAUAUUAUUCUGGAAUUGGUAGACUUAUAUAAGAAAUAAGCACAUCAACCAUUACCUAUUCCUAUGGGAUGAGAAUUAAAUUAAUAUUAUUCAAUAAUUUAUAACUAGGUGGAGGAAUAAGAUUUUUGAUUAACAACACUUACUAUAGUUCUAUUUAUAAAGAUUCUUAAGGAAUCUAAACACACGGAAUUAAAAUUAGUGAAAUAUCUUAAAUAUCUAAUAUUGGUGCUUGCAACUCAUACUCCUAUUGUUAUUAUUAUGAUCUCUAUAUGUUUGUUGAUAUCCCCUAGUAUCAAUUCUACUUUUCGGCUAUUGGAAACUUUACGUAAUAUUAUUAGUUAUCAUAGGGAUUCAACUGUGGGAUGGGGAUUAAUAUCCCUCCAUAUUACAAAUGGACUUUGCCCAUUAAACUGCCAGAUAUGUGAAGUAUCCUAUCAAUGUAAAAAAUGUAAAACUAAUUUUUAUUUUGUGGGUAAGGACGGUAAUUGUAUUUAUGGAUGUUCUAAUCCUCCCACUUUGAAAAUUGUAGGAGAUUAUUGUUAGGAUUUAGAAGAUUAAAUACCUUGUAAUUAAAUUGAUAUUAUUUGUUAGAUUCAAAAUAUUUGAUGAAAUAUGACCAUGAUGCUCCAGAUUAAUAUUCUUAAUACUAAUUACUCUCCUAAAAGGGAGUAAAUUUUUUAAAAGGAGAAGAUAUUCUAUAUUCUUAUUGGAACAAUAUAAGAGUCUUUGGGGGAUAAUAUGUUUGGAGUCAGGCUGUAUUUUAAAGAAUUUAUUAAAUUGAUAAUCCACACCAUAGCAUUACUAUUUAAUUUUAAAUUAUUUUCGGACCUAGUUUCCCUUCAGAAAGCAGAUUUAUUUGUACAAUUGAUGAUAAUUUACCUUUUUAAUAUUCUAAGAGCAGUUAAAGUAUUAUAAGAAAUAAAAUUGCUCAUUCAUAAAAUAUUUUAACAAUAAAAUGGGAAUGUUAUGGAGAAAAAAAUGAACCAAUAUAAGCAUAUUGUGGAUUCUAUUAUUACUAUAUUGUGGUUCAUUACUGUUAACCCUAUUGUUUAAAAUGUACAGAUUAAAAUACUUGUUUAGAAUGGGAAUAAUAUGAUAAAAAUUUAAUAAAUUUAUCUUAGAAUGAAUGUCAAAGUGAAUAAUUUUAUGAUAAUUUUUAAUUAAAAUGUAUAGAUUGUCCUUCUUAAUGUUUAACUUGUAAAUCAUAAAUAGAUUGUAUAACUUGUAAAUCUACUUAUAUUCUGACUAAACUAGGAUGUGUAUGUGAAAAAAAUUAAUAUGAAUUUGAAAAUCAAUGUGUAAGUUGUCCAUAAUAAUGUGAAUAAUGUUUAAACUAAUCAUUCUGUUUAUAAUGUUCAAUCACUAAAUUUAGAACUCUUUUAAAUGGAGAAUGUGUAUGUUUAGAUGGAUAUUACUCAGUAUCAACAAAUCCUUAAUGUUUGAGAUGUCAUUUAUUAUGUAAAACUUGUUCAGGACCAAAUGAAUGUCUAGAAUGUUAAAAUAUUAGCAAUAUUGAGAAAGUUGAUUCAAUAUGCAAAUGCAAAUAAGGUACAGCAUAUGAGGAUUCACUUAAUACAUGUGCUGUUUGUCAUUAAACAUGUUUAACUUGUUUUAGAACUACAAUAAAUGGAUGUUUGACUUGUGAUUUUACAUAGAAAAGAAUAUUGAGAGGAUUGAAAUGUGAAUGUGAACCAGGAUAUUAUGAAGUGAAUAAUAAUUGUACAAGUAAAUAUAUGAUUUUUAAUUUUAGAUUGUCCAAAUGAUGAAGAUAGUUCCUUAUAGUAAUGUUAUAAUUUAUGCAAUAAUAAUUAAAAAAUAUGGCAUACCAUUAUUUGUAGUGUUUGUAAUACUGGUUAAAUAUUAAUAAAAAAUAAUUGUUAACCCUAAUGUGGAGACUCAUAGAUAGAACUAUAUGAAGAAUGUGAAGAUGACAAUAAUAUUUUAGAUGAUUUAUGUUAUAAUUGUUAAUUUCAAUGUCCAAAACAUUGUUAGAGUUGUGAUUAAACAACUACUCUACCUUGUCCAGAUAUUUGUGGGGAUGGAAUAAUUUCAGGUGAUGAAGAAUGUGAAGAUGGUAAUAAUAUACAAUAUGAUGGAUGUUACAAUUGUAAAUACUAAUGUUAGUCUGCUUGUACUAAAUGCAUUUUGGGAAAGUGUUUUGAAUGUUUAACUCUAGGAUGGUAUACUGAUACAUCAACCGAUAUUUGGACAUGUAAAGAAAAAUGUGGAGAUGAAUUGAUAGUUGGAAGUGAACAAUGUGAAGAUAAUAAUACUAUUGACACAGAUGGAUGUCAUAAUUGUAGAUAUUUUUGUAGAAAGGGUUGUUCAUCUUGUGAUUUCUCUACUAAUACAUGUUUAAGUUGUGAAGAACCAGGUUAUUAACCUGAAUAAUAUUAUUGCAAAAAUAUUUGUGGAGAUGGAUUACUUGUUAAAGGUCUCUAUGGAUUUUUUUCAGAGUAUUGUGAUGAUGGUAAUACUGAUAAUAGUGAUAUGUGUAAUAGUUCAUGUAACAAUUGCGCUUAUGGAUAUAGCUUAUCUAAAUAGAAGAUAUGUGAACCUGUUUGUGGAGACUCUAUAAAAUUAAGUGUUGAAAUAUGUGAAUCAGGGCAUAUAUUACCUUAUAGAGGAUGCCAAAAUUGUAAGGCAAAGUGUUAAAGUGUUUGUAUCAAUUGUGAUACAAAUGGAAAGGGUUGUUUAGAAUGUCAACUUGGAUACGUUAAUUUAAAUAAUGUAUGUCAUUCUAUAUGUGGAGACUUAAUAAUUACUGAAGAUGAAGAAUGUGACGAUGGAAACCUAAUUUAUGGAGAUGGUUGCCAUUUCUGUAGAUUUAGUUGUAUUAAAUCAUGUCUUAGUUGCAUUAAAGGAGUUUGUUAUUAAUAUGAAAAUGAGGAAGAUUAAGCCAUAUAGAAAUGUUUAUCAAUUUUAGGGUUAGAUAUGGAUAUAAAUUAAUAAAUAUGCAUAUUAUUUAGUGAAUUAAUCUAUUUCAAUGGAUCUUAAAUUAAGAAUCUAUUUUAAUGUCAUCAUAAAUGUUAAUUUUGUUAAUUUUAAACAUGCUAUCUUUGUUAAUAAGGUUAUGAAUUAACCCCUAAUAAGUAAGAAUGUAGACAAUCUUCUAUAUUUUUAGAGUAAUUAGAAUAUUGUCAAAUAAGUAUUGAGAGUAUUUGUUAAAAAUGUGAAGAUUAUGCCUAUUUUAAUAUAAUUGAAAAUAGAUGUAAACUAUUUUCUUAUUCUUAUUCUUAAGAAUUAAAUUAAAAUUAAUAAUGUAAUUAUGGGUAUCAUUUGGAUAAUAAAUAAAUAUGUGUCUCAUAAUGUGGAGAUGGAAUUCUUACAUAAGAAGAAGAAUGUGAAAUUUAGGAUGAAAAUUGUAUAUAAUGUAUUUAUCAAAAACCUUUAAGAUGUAAUAAUUUCUUUAAGGAUCUUUGUCUUGAAUGUGAAAUGGGUUAUUAAUAUGAUAUAAUGAAUAAAUAAUGUGGAAUUUAUAGGGAAUAUGGAUACUUAGCAAUGAGUGAAGAUGAUUUAAAUUAUAAGAAUUGUCAAUUGAUAUUAAGUAGUGAUUGUCUUAUAUGUGAAUAAGGAAUAUGCUUAAAAUGUAAAUAAAACUACUUUCUUAUUAAUGGAUUAUGUAAGGAUAUUCAAACAUUUUAAGAAAUUAUAACUGAUUAUGAUACAAAUUUUGAUUAAUAUGAUAAUGAAAGUUCAUAUGAUAAUUAUUAAUAAGAAUUAUGUGAUUAAAAUUGUGAUAAAUGUAAAGAUGGAAUUUGUGAAUAAUGUAAAAAGGAUUUUCAAUUCAAUUCAAUUAUUAAACUAUGUUAAUCAUCUGAUAUCAUUUAAUAUAUUUAAUUAUAUAUAGAAGAUACAUUAUAGGAUACAAUUAUAAAUGAUUAUCAAUAUUAUUGUUAAUUAUUGAAAAAUUAAAUAUACUUGGAUUAUUAGUUUUAGGCUUAUAAUGUAAACUGUUUACAUCAAAUACAACAAAAUUAAUAAUUAGAUAAGUAUGAUUAUGUAAAUGAAAAUGAUAAUUUUUUUUGUAAUUCUAAUUGUUUAUUCUGCAAUUUUGGUAUUUGUAGUUUAUGUUUAGAAGGAAGUUACAUAUUUAAUAAUGAAUGUAUUUAAAAUGGAAUUGUAUAAUAUUAUUAAAAUGAAUCAAUAUGUGGAGAUAAGUUAAUAUAAAUGGGAGAAGUUUGUGAUGAUGGCAAUGAAAUUUAAUAUGAUGGAUGUUUCUAAUGUCAAUUUAGUUGUGAUUAAUACUGUAACAAUUGUAUAUUAGGAAUUUGUUAUAGUUGUGAAAUAGGAUUUGUUUUGAUUUUUUAAAUUUGUGAACCUUAUUGUGGUGAUGGUUUAGUUGUUCCAUUUACGAAUGAGGAAUGUGAUGAUGAAAAUGAAUUGUAAGCUGAUGGAUGUGAUUUAUGCAAAUUUGAAUGUGUAGCAAAUUGCUUAAAAUGUAAUUAAGUACAUUGUAAAAAAUGUGAAAAAGGAUUUGAAAAUAAAAAUGAAAUAUGUAUAUCUAUUUGUGGUGAUGGAAUUGUAAUUCCUGAGUAUGAAUAAUGCGAUGAUAGCAAUAAUAUAAUGUAUGAUGGUUGUUUUAAUUGUCAAUAUUAAUGUAGUUAGGAUUGUUUAUAAUGCUCUAAAGGAAUUUGUCUAUUAAGUUGCCCAAAUGGUAGAAUUGUUGUUGAUGGUGCUUGUCUAUUUUAGUGUGGUUAAUUAAUGGUGAAUUAUGAUAUAGAAUGUUAUGAUGGUAAUGACAUUGAUAAUGAUGGAUGUUUUGAAUGUAAAUAUAAAUGUGUGCUUGGUUGUCAUACUUGUAAUAAAGGAAUUUGCACUUAAUGCAUUUAAGGGUAUAUAUUAUUGAAUUAAUAAUGUUAUGAGUUUGAACAUGAGGAUGAUUUUAGUUCUAUUUUAGAAAAUUCACAGAAUAAUUGGAUUUGUAAGAAUUUUGAAUGUGCUUAUUCUGAAAGUCCGAAGUUAUAAUUUAAUAAUUUAGGAAUGAAAAAUGAAUAAUAUUUAAUUAAAAUUAAUUUUGAUUAAGAAGUUAGAUGUGAUUUAACAGAAUGUCAAGAAAUAUUCAAUAUUUAUAUUAAAGAAAUAGAGGGAGAUCUAUAUAAAAUUUAAUGUACUCCUUUUGAAGAUUAAGAAUUUUAAAAUUAAAUAACAAAGGUUGAGUAUAUAAUAGUAAUCGAAUUAUUUCAUCCAAUUUCAAUAAAACCAACUUUAAUUGUUGAGCCUUUAUUAGAAAUCUUUAAUUCAAAUAAUUAGAGUGUUAAUCUUACUGAUUACAAACUAACCUUAAAUAUGCCUAUGAUAGUAGAAUAAUCUCAAAAAUUAAGAUCUGUUUAAAUGCAGAUUACAAGCAAAGCUGUUGUAAUAACUUCAAUCUCUUUUGGUGUGCUUUCAAUAAUUUCUGGAGAAUCUACAUUUAUGAUGGAAUUACUUAAUAUUGUAUAAUAUCAGUCAUUUCUUAAAUUUAUCAAUUAAGAGUAUCCAGAAAACUUAUUAAUAUAUUUUUAAGCUUCUGAGAUGAUAUCAGUAGGGCCAUAUUUGUAAAUCUUUAAUAUUGAUUAAUUUAUUAAUCCUAUCUUAUAAAAGGAUGAAUUUAUUUAACUUGAAGGAAAGUUUCUUUAUUAUGAAUUAGAAGCUAGUCUCUUUACUAACGUUUGUCCUUAAAUAUUCCAAACUUUUGGAAUUGUAUUGAUAAUGUUUUCUGGUAAGAUAUUAAAGAAAGUGUUUGAAAAAUUAAUGUCCAAUUAAUUUUUGAUAUCAUUCUUAUAAAAUAAUAAUAACCUUUAUUCAAAAGUAGUAUUUAAAUCUUUAAAAGGAAUUCGGAAGGGAAUUAAAUUAUUAUAAAUUUAGAAAUACUAUUUUAAUUACAAAUAGAUAAAAUUACUUCUUUUAUUAAAUUCUUGGGACUUACUAUUCAAAUCUAUAUUAUAUUUAUAUAGUGAUAAGAGUUAAUGUGUUAGAAAUACAAUUGAAUUUACUUUGAGUUUAGGUAUCAUAACAACAUAUUUAUAUGUAUUGAUAGAUUGUUUUUAAUCUUGCAAACCUAAUAAAUUAAUAGAUAAAAUCUAAAGAUUAGAUCAAAUAUUUUUGACUUUAGAACUUUGUAGAACAUUUUUUUUUAGUAUUGUCUUAAUAAUAGUAUAAGAGAAUUAAGUUUUAUAAACAUUGUUGUUAUUUAUUGGAAGUUUUAGUUAGUGCUUUUUUAUUUAUAAAUUUAAACAAGUUGAUAAAUUUGCUAAAAUUCUAUCAAUCCUCAUUGAAGGGACAGUAUCUAUUUUUAUAUUGACUUCAAUCAUUUACUUUAAUACUAUCAGACAGUAUAUAAAUCAGGAUAUUCUUGCAACUGUAGGAUUUUUUCAUAUUGGAUUAUUGCUUUUAAGUUCAAUUAUUUUAGGUUUAAAAUAAACCAUCUUUACAAUUAAAUUAUUUGUUAAAAAAUUUUUAGAUACUAAACCAAAUUGA